CGUCUCUCCAGUAUACAGCAAAAAACUCCCAUGCUUUGAAAAACAAAAAAAUAUGGCGGGAUGGAAGGAUUAUGCAGCCUCGCAAACAAUACCAGCAGCAGAACAGGACUGCGUCUUGGAUUUGUUUUAACGCGUUAGGGUUGUGAGUGUGAUUAAAAGUGUUUUCUGUCCCACUGGAGCUGGUUACAAUUAAAUAAAUAUGCCCUUUCACCAGAGGACCAUUGAGCCGCGGCGUGUUGGGAGGAUAUCGGCGAGGGAUGGCUGGACACCGGUGGAGGAAACCGGGAGACGCAAGUUGCGAAAACCCGUUUUAUUCUCAUCUCUGGACGAGGUUAGCUGUCACGUAAUGACCAACAUAAUUCACCAACUUUCCGACCUUUCUCGGCAUGCCAGCGACAUAUUCCUGGGGAUAGAGAUGGAGGCAGGGAUGGUGUUCAGAAGAUCCUGCAGGAUUCAAGGACGCCUGGAAAGUCUGCAGAAUGAAGUCCGCAAGUUCGAUCCCAAGAAAAUCAAAAUCCCGGUGUCUAACCUGGAUGAGGAAAGUAAGUGGACGGUCCAUUAUACAGCCCCAUGGCACCAGCAGGAAAAUGUCUUCCUACCCGGCAGCAGGCCAGCCUGUGUAGAAGACCUCCACCGCCAGGCCAAAGUCAACCUCAAGACUGCCCUGCGAGAGUGUGACAAACUGAGGAAAGAUGGUUUCCGGAGCUCCCAGUACUAUUCUCAGGGUCCCACCUUCUCUGACCCCACACACUCCACCAGCAGCCUGCAGGACGAAGAUGAUGACGACAACGACAAAAAGUCCACGGCUUCAUCAGUGGAUGAUGACAAGUCCCAGCUCUCCAUGAGGCCCCAAACCCCCCAGGGACGGGGUGGUGGAGAAGGGGAGGAGCCAGACGCUGACAGACAGGUGGUGUGGACCAAGGCCAUUCCCCUCCCCACCCCAGAGGAGAGGAUGCGACAGGUGGCCCAGUCCGUGCCCACUGCCAUCGUCCCCAUCAACGUCACAGGGGCAGUGUUUGACCGACAGGCAAGCAUCCGACGCUCCCUCAUUAACACUGACACCGUGUCCCGCCGGCCCAAGAAGGUCAAACGCAGAAAGACUAUAUCAGGGCUGCCUGACAACGUCAACCAGGAGCUAGCAAAAGGACGCGGUGGUGAGCUCCGGCCACAUUCCAUGUUCAUCCCUGGACAGUACUCUACCCUGGGCCGAGUCGGGAGUGUCAACUCAGCGCUCCGACGUUCUGAGACCCGAGACUCUGGCUGUCAGACAGAAGAGGUGAAGAUUGUACCCCCCUCCAUGAGGAGAAUCCGAGCACAGAGAGGACAGGGAAUUGCCGCCCAGAUGGCAGGCAUUUCAACUUCCUCUUCGACGGGAAGCAUAUCCAUCUCCAGCAGUGAAUGCUCUGGGAUCCUGGUGCUGCCACCUCAGCUGAAUGGAGAUGCCUCACGCUUUCACAGUUUGCCCCGACAGGGCGCCAGGGUGUCCCUCAGUGCUGAUCCCAUUUACACCAGUACCCCCAUUAGAUCAGAGGACCAGACUACUCCCCAGAGACUGAUUGGCAAGCUCCAGGUAGAUGAUACAGUGGUGCACCUGAGAAAUGCACCCAGGACGGGCAACGUGCCGAGGCCCAAGUCCCAGGAGGUGAGGGGGACACAAGCAGGUGAGUGGGGUGGUGGUCCAGCUUGUGUGGUCUCCCCACAUGCCUCCUACUCCACCUCAGUGAUCCCCAAUGCCACCUUAUCGAGCUCAUCUGAGGUCAUCACCCUCAACACCUCCAGCCAGCACGCCCAUUCCCCAGCCACGGCUUACCCCACAGCUCGUCCCCUCAGUCUGGCCACCCCCACCAGCACCGACCCACUGGCUUCCAACUCCUCAGCCUUCACCCACAGCCCCACUUGCCCAGUCCUUCCCGCCUCCACUCCUACUCACACACUGCAAGAUGGCAACCUGGUCGUCCCUUCGCCAGCUAGUGAAUCUGGGCGCUCAGACAGCAGUGUAAAUAGCCAUAGCACACUGGCAGCCACUCCACCAUCUUGCCUAGCAGAGGAGCAGUGGAUUUAUGACACACCAGAAAAUGUGGGUGCACCUCGCCGCCCUCUGACCUCCAGCUGCUCCACCCCCAUCAACCAGCUAUAUAGUAGCCUGGAGCUGUCCUCCAGAACCACUACGGACUCCAGCUCCCUCUAUUCUCAGGACAACGAUGGAUACUACACUUCCAUGCACCUGGACUCUGGUUUGCGCUCACGUAACCAUGGCAGCGGUCAGGGCCAUGGGGCAGCAGCUGGACGGGCCACCAGGCACAGCAUGUAUGAGUGCCGUGAGAUUGCCAGCCAGGAGGAUGGAGGGAGCCUGUACAGUGAUCGCUCUCUGUCCCGCAGCAUUUCUCUCCGCAAAUCCAAGAAACCCCCGCUGCCCCCAGCACGCACAGACUCCCUCCGACGGAAGCCUACUGGAAAGAAGCCCCUCGGGGGCAGUAGCACCAUCGGAGCUAGUGAGGAGAACGGUGCCAUGCUCAAUGAAACUCUAAUUGCUAGCUUGCAGCAGAGCCUACAAAUGGGGCUGAGAGCAGGGAAAGGAAAGGGCGCCUCACCAUCAUCACCCUCUCACAGCCCUUGCAGUGACUAUGAUGAUCCCUGGGUGCUACGGCCACGCAGCCAGAGCAGCAUCAGUGCUGCUAGCUCUGCAGCAUCACUAGCAGCUAAUGCUAAUUGUAGCAAUGCAACUAACGUAUACUCGCUAUGCCACGUAACGCCUGCUCACAGUGACACCAGCAGCCUUCGCUCUGACUAUGCCGAUUCCUGGGGCUACUACAUAGACUACCCUCGUAACAAUGGAGACCAGGGGGCACAGACCCCUUUGGCCGAUUCCUCAGCUAACUUGUCAGCUGGGCCUCAUGCAGGUCAGCUACAGAAUGGAGGUGAGAUUCACAGCCCCGGCAACAGCCAGGCCUCUGUUGGUCCAGCUCAGGAGGGAGAGGUGGUGGUGAAGCCCAAGAUAGCCACCUCGUCACCAGACAGGGUCCACCGACUGACCUCCCCAUCUAGCGGUUACUCCAGCCAGUCCAACACCCCCACGGCUGGAACCCCAGUGCCCUCAUUUGUCAGGUCUAUGUCUCCUUCAGGCAGCCGGCCAAAGCCCAAAGUGCCUGAGAGGAAGUCCUCCCUCCUCUCCUCUGUCUCUAUCUCUUCCUCCUCCACCUCCCUUUCUUCCAACACCUCCGACUCACUUAAGAACUCUGGGCCUCCUCUGCCACCACCUGCACCCCUGCCCCUCUCCUCAUCCUCAGCUCCCAACACACCUCUGAGCCAACCUCCACCUUUCCCUCCACCCCUCCCACCAAAUUCUAUUCCCAGCUCUCCCCCUCUUCCACCAGCUCCCCUGUUACCCAAUACCCCAGAGGGCAACUCUAUGAUCUCACCCCCUGCUUGCUCCAUCUCACCAGAAUUCCCUCCCCCUCCAUCUCCUGAAAUGCUCAUCCACUCUAGCUCACACUUCAAUGGGAGCUUCAGUCCUCCCCCUCCCCCUCCGCCUCCCCCUCCGGUCCCCUCUAUGGUCCCCCCUCCACCUCCCCCUCUGGUCCCCUCUCUGGUCCCCCCUCCACCUCCCCCACUCCCUGUCCAACUCUCCAUCUCUCCAUCUCCUCUUAAGACUGUGAAGGACACUCCUAAACCAGAGAACCCAGCUAUUACCAACAGUCCUACCAAGUCACCUAAGCCCCUGAUCACUCCCUUUGCACUGCAGAGUGUUCAGCUCCGCUCAGUCAAGUGGCUUGACAAGGAGAUCAACGGUGAGGUAGAUCACACCAAAGCUCAGGAAACAGGGGUGGACCUCAUUCAGAGUCUAAAGCCCCAGAGCCCUGAGAAGUCUAACUUCUUGGAGCAUCCCUCUAUGUUUUCCCAAAUAAACAGCUCAUCUCAGAGGGAAAAUGCACAUAAGUCCUCACCAUUGCCUGUGUCAAAGGUAAUAGAGGAGUUGUCAGCGGAGUGCUGUAGAAAAUAUGACACAUUGGAUAGUGCUGUCCUUAAUGGAAAAUCUGAGCAUCAGAGUCACCAUCUCCCAAAUGGAACAGAAAAAGAAGAACAGGAGGAAGGUGGAAAACCAUUACAGAUGCAAGGCUCUCCGAUCAAACAAAAGCCUCCAUUUGUCUCCAAGAAACCGAAACUUUCCAUUGCGGUUCCGCCAUUUAGUCCCCAACCCACCACAGAGCAGCAUCCCUGUCUGCCUGAGGAGACAACAGGCCCUGUCUCCACAGAAGACCAAGUGGACACACUGCUAAAAGAGAAAGAGGAAGAGACAAAAGUGCACACAAGUGAGCAACAGGAAGAGGAUGAAGAUGAGACUCCAGGGAGCUCUGAGCCUCUGAUUGAGAGCAGUGAACCAGCCACAAAAACCCAGGAGGUCGCCCAUUUCUCUGCCUCCACUUGUGAAGACACGAGUCUUGGCCACACACAAGGCACUAAUGGAGAGGUUCAUGAGGAGGAGGAGGAUGAGGGAGAUGGAACUAGUAGCACUGCUGGAUCCAUCAGCUCCAAAGAAGAGGAGAGCGGUGAGGUGUUUGACUCCAGCACGGCUGACUCUUCACCGGCCCCCACAGCCAACGGGGCCUGCUCAGGGGACAUGGUGACCCCCACCCGGCCCCGCACCACCGAGGACCUUUUCGCCGCCAUUCACAGGUCCAAGCGCAAGGUCCUUGGCCGCAGAGAGUCUGAGGAGGAUAAGUCGCGUGCAGGGAGCCACUCACAGUCUCCACCCGUGACUCCCACAGGGAUGUCCCCGGCCCUGGUGUCCUCGCUGCCCCGCCAGACCGGCUCCAUCCAGCGCAACAUCCGCAAGUCCACCACCAGCAGUGACACGUUCAAGGCCCUUCUGCUCAAGAAGGGCAGCCGCUCUGAAACCAGCUUCAGAAUGUCUGCCGCUGAGAUGCUGCGCUCCACGGACCCGCGCUUCCAUCGGACACGCUCGGAGUCAGCGCUAGACCCCCCUGCUGCUUCACCCUCCUCGCCAACCACACAGCACAGCCCCUGUGUGUCCCCGGGCCGUGGCAAGAGGGUGGCAGACGAGUGGAACCGCAGUGAAGGCUUGGCCCUCUCUUCACCGUCAUCCUCACUCUUUUCCCUGAGCGGGAUGAAGUACGGGCGCCUGCGCACGCCGCCUUCUGCCGCCAGCAGCAAAUAUAACGCUCGCAGCCGCAUCCUCAGCAGCCCGAUGACGGUGAUCUGCGAGCGCGAGGGGGAGCUGGCUGAGAGCGAGAACGGAGAUUCGACAGAAAGCCUGUCCAGCCCCCUGGCCCAGACCCUCACUGUGCUUGAGGACUCCAAUGGCACUUUAUCUGAAGACAGCAGCAGUUAAAUAGAAGGACCACCCCUGGACAUGGGGAGCUGAACUCAUUCACGGUCACCAGGGAGGGGGAGCAGGACAACGAGCCAAUAGAAGGCCCUCUAGAGACUCAGGCACCUCCCAAAGCCCCGCCCCCUUGGCCCUGCUUCUGAGGGAGUGGACCUGUCAGGCCCUGAUGGGGCCAGAGGUAGUCCCAUCACGGAGCAGGAUGGACUUAGUCUGAAGUGGAGAACUGGUUCAGCUGCAGCUUUUCAACACUAGAUUUCUCCUGAUUCUCAUUUUCUGCUUUUUUUGAUGACUCACCCUUUGUCUUACGAAAAAAGCGUUGUCUUUCUUUUAAGCCUGGUGUUCCUUGAUUGUUUUUCAACUGUUUUGCUCAUUUUUACUUUACCUCAUUAAGAGGUUCCGCUGGUUCUGUUUUUUUUUUUUGUUUUGUUUUGUUUUGUUUUUUGUUUUUUUGAAAGGUUUCUCUACGGACUAGGUAAGAUGGCAAGUUAAGGUGAAAUGAAGGAACCGAAAAGUCACAAGUUGUUUGCUUAACUUUGCUGCUGUGGUGCAGUUGGACAGAGUGAAAGGUAAAGGUGUGCUAGAGGCUUGUAGAUCUUCUCAGCUCCUGAUUCUGGCUCCUGUUAGCUCUGUAAACUGUUAACACGCACCAUGGCUUGCAAGUGUUGGGUCCAAACAGCCCAUGUUGUGGAAUGAACUUGAGGACGUAGUGCAACAGAGAGCUCCGAGGUACAACUCCAGCCAUGGUUAUUGCCAGGUUUCUCUUUCUGCUCUUUAGGUCAGUGGUUUAGUUUGCAGAGCUGGUGUUUUUAGCGGGCCAUGGGAAGUGCGGAGGGCUCAGCGCUGCCCCCCAGUGAGGGGCGCCAAGUGGACAAUAGUUGGGUGUAUAAGGGCACAACCAAUACAGCAGAUUUACUUUGGAGAAAAAAAAAGGUUUAAAAAAAAAUAAUGUUUGAAUUUUAGUUGAUAGAUUUUGCACUGUGCAUUCAUGUUUAUUUUUCUUUUUUGUGACUUAAAAAAAAAAAAGGUUUAAGAUUGUUUAAUAAUAAACGGAUGACUCACCUGUUUGGAAAUGAAGUAUAAAUCUAAAAAUGUAAAAUGACAUUAGUCUAAACAAAACAACAUCAUUUAUUCUCCUAUUCUGUUUUGUCAUGUUGGUUACCAAAGAGCAACAAUAAUUCAUUGUAGUCUGCUGUUUCUCCUGAUGUGGACACAAUCUGCCGUUGUGACUGGUUGUACUGAGACCCUGUGCGUAUGGUCCAGCCAUUGUGAAGUGUGGUGAGAUGACCCACUAGAUACUUCUAGGGCUUAACGCUGUUUAUCUUCCUGCUAGGUUUCUCUUCUCCCUCUGCAGUUUUAUAUGGUUAUGUAUGUAAAUACAUAGAGAAAGGUGUUUUAAGUAACAUUUUGACUUAUUUUCAAAGACUUUGUACAAUUUUAGAGCCCUGUGUUUGUUGGAAGGGAGUGGUUUCCUUUUUUGUAGAUUAUUUAUUUUGAAAUCGUGGGGCUGCAAUGCGGCAGCCUGGUCCGAGUCCACCAGCAGGCUGAUGGAGGCAAGGGGAAGGUUAGGGAGGGAGUUAGGAGGGACGAGGACGGAGCCCAGUGACCACAUUUACUAUGCUGAUCUUUCCAGGCCAUUUUUUUUCUUACAUAGGUGCUCGAACCUGAAAAUAACAAAAAAAAAAAAAAAAAAGGAAUACCAUCAAUAAUUAUGUUUAAGCAUUCUGCUGCCCUUAAUCUUGAGUCAUGCAAAUCCUACCCUGGUGCUUAACAAGCUUAGUAAAUGUGGUCCUGUGAGCCCUAAACUGAAGUGACAGGCGUGAGACUUCCUAACCUCCUAACAGCCAUAACACCCCCUGGUUUAAUCACCUGUGACCAAAGUGCGUCUCCCAGCUCCAGCCCAGCCAUGAGUGAGCACUUGAUCAGCAGGCAGGCUCAUCUGACACCAGGACGUGUCUGAAGUCUCAGUCCCAGUGAGCUUUGUGAGGAGGAAGAGAUGAACUAGUGGGUACGGGGAGUGGAGGCCGGCUGCUAACGCUCUUGUUUAUGUCUGUGUAAUAAAACAUGGUGAUAUUUAAA